UAAACAGGUUGUCAACUGUCGCGUGUCUACCCGCAUCGUUGCAACAUUGAAUUAAAAUUUUGAAAACGCUUCUGUAGAGUACAGAACAUGGCAGAUGAAGAGAAUUUACCGCCCGGAUGGGAGAAAAGAAUGAGCCGCAGUUCAGGAAAAGUGUACUACUUUAAUCACAUCACCAAUGCAAGCCAGUGGGAACGUCCAGUGGGAGAUGGCCGUGGAGAGCCAGAAAAGGUCCGCUGUUCUCACCUGCUGGUGAAACACAAUCAGUCACGCCGUCCAUCCUCCUGGAGGGAACAAAAUAUUACACGAAGUAAAGACGAGGCGUUGGAGCUCAUUCAGAAGUACAUAGAACAGAUCAAGUCUGGACAUGAGUCGUUCGAGUCUUUAGCCUCGCAGUUCAGCGACUGUAGCUCAGCCAAGAACGGCGGAGAUCUGGGACUGUUCGGCAGAG